CUUCAGUUACCAGAUUCACAGAAUGGAUCACCACCGGCACGUCAACACAAACGACUCUAUAGACCUGUCCAAGUUGUCAGAGAAGGAAAGAUGGAGGAUAGAGCACCAGCGGUUACAUGAGAAACACAGGGGCCAUGAGGCCAUGCAUGCAGAAAUGGUCCUCAUUUUAAUUGUAACAUUAGUAGUAGCACAGAUAUUAUUAGUACAAUGGAGGCAGAGAUAUUUCAAAUCAUACCAAAAAGCUACACUUAUUGGAAUGUGGGUGAUACCUAUAGGAAUAUGUAUGAAAUAUGGCUGGACUAGAUUUAUUAUCAUCUGGUCUAUAUUUUCUGUUAUAACAGGAUACAUAACAUUUAGAUCUACAAGGAAACCACUGCCAGGGAACACACCAAGAUUGGUGUACAAAUGGUUUCUUCUAAUCUACAAAGUCAGUUAUUUUAUUGGAAUAUUAGGAUAUAUGGUAGUUAUGUUGACAUUGUUGGGUUUAAAUUUAUUAUUUCUAAUCAAACCUCAAAUAGCUAUGGACUUUGGACUGCUAUGUUUAUUCUAUGGACUUUAUUUUGGAGUUGUUAGUAGAGAUUUUGCAGAAGUUUGUACAGAUUCAAUGGCAGCUCAUAUAGGGUACUUUACAGAAACUGGUUUACCAGGAAAGAGAUUAGAUCCAAAUGUAUGCGGUGUAUGUGGGAACCAGAUUUUAGUUAUGAACAAUGAAGAUGCCAUAAUAGAAGAGACUUUUAAAUUAGAUUGUAAUCAUGUAUUUCAUGAGUUUUGUAUCCGAGGCUGGUGCAUUGUAGGAAAGAGACAAACAUGUCCAUACUGUAAAGAGAAAGUGGAUCUCAAAAGAAUGUUUCCUAGUCCAUGGGAAAGACCACAUGUUUUAUAUGGAAAUCUUUUAGAUUGGAUAAGAUUUUUAGUUGCCUGGCAACCAUUAAUAAUUAUGCUUGUACAGGGAAUUAAUUGGUCGUUAGGUUUAGAAUAAGUUUCAUUUCAUGAGUUGUUCAGUGUGUGAUGAGGAUUGGUUGUUGUGAUGUAUGUAUGAGAGAUAAUUAAUUCUAUCGGUGAAAGUCCCAUUGCUAUUCAUUUUGUUUUUCUUAAUAAAAGCCAAAUUGUUGAUAUAUAAUGUUACAGUAUUGCUUUAUUUUUAAGUUGAUGUUUUUUCUUGCAGUAGAGUUUUUGUUUUGUCUGGCUGUAACUUUUGUACAUAAGUUUUGUUAGUAUAUAAACUAUAAGUACCAUAUGCAUUUCUACAAUGUAAGUGAACUAAAGUUUUCAUCAUACCUUUUUAGUUUUUUUUUACAUUUGUCAAAACAAAUACAUAACAACCUACCAGAAUCUAGUAAAACAAUAUUUCAGUAGAACAAAUCUCACAUUAAUAAUUUCAAAAUUGAAAUAUUAAGGUUAAGUUUCAGAUUUUUAAGGACUAGUUGCUGCUAAACUUUUAGGAAAAAAUAAUUCUUGAUUAGUUUAUUUAGAUAUAAAAAAUUAUAUUAGAUUGAAAAUGAUGGUUUUUAGAUAUGAUAAUACAAAGUCUGAUUUUUAGUGCCAAAUAUAGGCCUUCUUGCCCGUUUUAGACCUCCUGUUAGAGUGCUGCUGAUAAAUCCAAGCAAGAUUCAUUUCCCCAAAUCUACCACUUUUCCACAAAUAAGGUUUAUAGUGCAUUUCUCUUCUCCUUGGUAUGAGAACUUUGGAUAUAAAUAUAUUGUCUAUGUAAAUCUCAUGAUUCAAAGUGAAGUCAAUUUGGGUUCAGAAACAAGUUUAAAGACGAAAAAUUAUUUACCAAAAAAUUAAUCCAUUUUAAAAAGAUUGAAAAUUAUCAUUGUAAGGAAGAUAAUUUUGUCCCCAGAAUUCUCACUUUUGUUUCUUUUGUGAUAUCUUACCAGAAAAGAAAGUAUUUAUUUACUGAGAGUGUGUAUAAUACAUUACAUUGUUUUAUAACUAUAUAAAGUGUAAAAUGAUGUCUAUUAAUUAUUUCACUAAGAACCUACUAUUCUUCUACAAAUUAUCUUUUCUUGGAGUGCAUAGGUUCCAUAGAUUGAAUACUGUAAACCAACUUAUUUUCGCGUUUAGCCCUUUCUAGUCCACUUUCGCGUUUAGCCCUUUCUAGUCCACUUUGCGGCCAUUUAAUUUCGCGAUUUUCAAAUUUACUGGAUGUAGUUUAAUAAGGAAAGAUCCAUUUUUACAUAUUCACGACAAUUUAUAUUCGUGUUAUUUUUCUACUCACGAAAGUCGGGAAAAUAAAUCGCUCACGAAAAUUUUUGCUUUACAGUAUAUAGAAGAGUUACAAAGAAUGCAUGUUGUAAUGUCAAAUACCUGUAAUAUUGUAAAAUUUGGAUAGAAAAGGGUAAUAUUGUUCAUUUAUGAAAUGUAUUAAAUAAUGAACCAUUGUUAAAAUGUAAAUGGAUACACUGUUCUGCAUCCUUGCAUAAAAACAUAUUUAUUUUUUUCUCUGAAACUACUUGACCAAUUUCAAUCAAAUUAAGCUUGAUUAGACUAGAGGUAUUAAGAAAAAAAUAGUUUGUUCCUGUCAACUACUCAUCAUCACUUUCAUGGAUAAAAAUAGAACUUAAUUAAAAUUAAUUGUCUUAUUUUUUGAUAACCAUAACAGAUAUGAAAAAUCUGACAGUUUCAAAAUGCUUAAAAUGUCAAGUUUUGCUAUUCAUUAAAUCAACUCAAAUUAUCAGACAACUUCUGAUAGGAGUAACAUGCCCAUGGUGUCAUUUUUUGAACAAUUUUAAGGUUUUUGCUUAUCAAGUCCUUUGAAAUAUGACCUUUCAUUCAUCACUUCUACAGUAAGAAAAGUUGAUAAUUGUCUCAUUCAGUUAAUGCACAACACACAAUGAUCAUUGAUCUUUAAUAUUGAUAUUUAUACAUAACCAGUUGAAACUUUUCAUUUACAUCAAAGCAAUGUUAAUUACAAAAAAAAAGAAUUCGAUGUCUUAUUUAUUACUAGUACUUAAUAAUUUGUUUGUUACUUAUUUAAAUAUAUUUAAGUUAUCAUAUGUCAAGAACAAAAUAUAUUAAAUCCUGAACAAAUAC